UGUGGUGACUUGUGGCAGGCCAACACAUCAAAUUAAUCUGUUGAUUGCUGGAGAUCUAUUGAUCUGACGGAGUUACCGUUUACCGAAUAGCAAGAAAAUAACAAGAAUUAUCAAUAAUACCUGUCGCUUUUGCGUGUUUUCAAUCGAAACCGCGUAAAAAUUGACCAAACCCAAUCGUAAAAUUUGUGUAAAUCUGUGUAGAUUUCAUGUACAUUUACACUACAGAUUUUGUUCUGAACCCUUUCAUCUGAAAUUCCCAUAGGGAAGAUAGCUUGCACCUAUCCAAAAAGCCCUCUCUGCUAUACCAACUGUGUAUUUGUAAGUGGAGGUCCCAAGAACCUCCUUUCGUCAGUUAAGCAAGCCACAAUUUAGAAAUAGACUGUUGAUUUUGGCUGACGAUACUUGUCUUUGAUUGAUCGUUCGACUUGCAAACAUUUCGCAUCAAAAUGGAUACAACAAAGAUUGCUGUGGCAAGGAAACUUGUUGAGAAUCUUCUCACUGAUCUGCGAUCUCUAUCAAAUGAAUCAAAAAGGAAAUUUGUGCCGGUGAAAGAGGCUUCUGAGGCGGCAAUGCUGAAGUUGCGUACCAUCACUGCAAAAUCGGAAGAAAUCAUUCCAGGUUUGAUCCAUGCCAACCCUGAAAUUCUUCAACCUUUUAUCCUUGGCUGUGAGACCAAGCAUGCCAAAGUAGUCCACAUCACUCUGGUAGCUGUUCAAAGGCUCGUUCAGCAUGAAGCUCUCUCAAAGGCUGGGGCUAACAGCGUUAUUGGUAUGCUGUGGGGCCUAAUGGAAGCAGGCGUAGAAGAACUGAAAGUGCUUCAAACUGCAAUUGUGCUGCUGACCACCAAUGCUAUCAUAGAGCAUGAGGCUCUCUCAAAGGCGAUAGUGCUCUGUUUCCGGCUCCACUUCACCAAGGACAGCACCACCAUCAACACAGCGGCCGCGACUGUCCGUCAGCUAGUCAGCGUAGUAUUUGAGCGCGUCAUUAUAGAAGAUAAUACAUCACAUGAAGGUCAGCCAGGAGCUCUGGAGACCUUACCACAUGAACAGCUAAAAGCCGGCUGCAAACAUCCUCCAAAAUCAUUGAGAUCCAGUGCACAGGAUGCCUUUAUGUUAUUCCAGGAUUUCUGCCAACUAGUCAAUGCUGACCAACCAUUCUGGCUGGUUGGGAUGACUGAGAUGACUCGGACGUUUGGUCUUGAGUUGAUGGAGUCCGUGUUGACAGGUUUCCCUGAUGUGUUCCUAAAUCAUCCUGAGUUUAGCUUCUUACUGAAGGAACGCGUGUGCCCUCUUGUAAUCAAGUUAUUCUCGCCAAGUCUCAAAUAUCGGCAGGGACUACCAGCACCGCCGUCACCUACACCAGUCGAGAAACCAUACUUUCCAAUUGUUAUGAGAUUGUUGCGGAUAGUCAGUGUACUCAUCAAGUCAUAUUAUUCAUUAUUGGUAACCGAGUGUGAGAUUUUCCUUUCGCUUCUGGUCAAGUUUCUCGAUGCCGACAAACCAAUGUGGCAGCGCUCAUUGGCGCUGGAAGUCUUACACAGAUUAUGUGCUGAUCCUGAACUUUUAAAGUCGUUUUGUCAGAGCUAUGACAUGAAGCAACACUCGACGAAGAUAUUUCAAGAUAUCGUCAAUGGUUUAGGAGCUUUUAUCCAAUCGUUGUUCAUCAUUCCUACUCCACCUGGUGGCGUCGCUGGGAAAACCGCUCCAGACACUACAGGAACGCCACCAGCGCUAGUUGCUGGCAUGCCAGUAGGUGGCGGUGUGUCACCACAACCAGCAUUCACGUACCGAGGCAUCUGGAUUCCACUGCUGACAAAUAUUCCACAGGGUUCUGCUAAACAAGUCUUUCUUGAAAUGAUGGACAAGGUCGAGCCACCGCCAAUUCCCGAAGGAUACGGUAUAUCCAUUUCCUUCUCCUGCCUGCUAGGGGUAAUCAAAGGUGUUCACCAGAUAGUGGAGGGAGAUGAGACGGGGAAGGUCCCUGCUGAGGCUCGGCCCGAGGACAAGAAGAAGCCAGCAAAAGUUUACAAACCGCUCCAUGAAGAACUAGUCAACUCGUCCUGGUGUGGCAUCCUGGCUGCGUUGGCUCUCCUCCUCGAUGCAAGCACAGACGAGAGUGCGACAGAGGCGAUACUGAAGUCGCAACAGACCUAUGCAAGCAUGUCAGGAAAACUUGGCAUGACGGUCCCUCGGGACGCGUUCAUUACAUCACUCUGCAAGGCGUCGUUGCCGCCGCAUUAUGCCUUGACGGUUCUUAACAUGGCUGCGAUGCACCAUGCAACCAAAGCAUCGGGUCGCGGCCCAUCCCAUGACUUCACGAACCCAGACGCAAUCGAGAGAAGUCAGGUCGUGGCUGUAGGAACUCCACUACCCACUGCUUCGUUACCUCUUGGGGCUCAACAAGGGCCUGUCAUGCUGACAGCCAAGAACAUCCAGUGCAUGAGAGCUAUUCUAAGUGUUACUCACUGCCAUGGAGGAAUUCUGGGAUCGGCUUGGCAUCUUGUGCUUACAACACUUCAGCACUUGGUAUGGAUCCUAGGCCUCAAACCCUCUACAGGAGGAAGCCUGAAAGCUGCCAAACAGGCCUCCGAUAGUCAAAACGCUGUCAUCACCACAGCCGUCAUGGCUGAUCUACCCGUCCUCUCGGCAAUGCUGUCCAGGCUGUUUGAGAGCUCACAGUACUUGAAUGAUGUCGCUUUGCACCAUCUUAUAGAUGCCCUGUGCAAGCUUUCUGCCGAGUCUAUGGAGUUGGCUUAUUCGAAUAGGGAACCGUCAUUGUUCGCUGUAGCAAAACUCUUGGAAACUGGAUUAGUGAAUUUGCCACGCGUGGAGGUGCUCUGGAAACCAGUCACGGCACAUCUUCUUGAGGUAUGUCAACAUCCGCAUGUGUCCAUGAGGUCCUGGGGAGCCGAGGCCACGACAUCACUAGUCCGGGCAGCUCUCGGCCACAAGUAUACACCCCCAUUACAUGAGAAUGUGCGCCUUCAGGCUAUGCUACUGGCACCCCUACAGGAGCUCUGUGGAGUGAUGCACCCUGAUAUUCGGCAAAAACAGCUUGAGUGUGUCCUGCAGAUUCUCCACGGCAAUGGGGACAACCUCGGGCAGGGCUGGCCUCUCAUUCUAGGGGUCAUAGGGGCCGUCACAAAUGACCAAGGAGAAAGUUUGAUCCGGAUAGCGUUCCAGAGUCUGCAGCUCGUGGUGACAGACUUCCUUCCCCUGAUGCCGCCGACCUGUCUUCAAGUGGUCGUGGAAGUCGCCUCGAAGUUUGGCAAGCAGAGCCAGGAGUUGAAUAUCAGUCUCACUGCCAUUGGACUUCUUUGGAAUAUAUCCGAUUAUUUCUACCAAAACCAAGACAAGAUCAAAGCAAACCUCGAGGCUGAAGAGGGCACUAACAACAAAGACAUGCCUCCAUUUGACAAUCUGUGGAUGUGCCUCUACGCAAAGUUAGGGGAUCUGUGCGUUGACCCGAGGCCGGCUGUCAGGAAGAGCGCGGGUCAAACUCUGUUUUCUACCAUCGGGGCCCAUGGGUCUCUCCUGCAGCAGAAAACAUGGCAGACAGUCCUUUGGCAGGUUUUGUUCCCUCUAUUGGAGAAAGUGAAGAAACACUCGAGUUCGGCCCCAAAUGUCAAAACCCAGGACCCGCAGCAGAUGAACAUUCUUAUCCAUCACUCACGAGAUACGGCAGAGAAACAGUGGGCGGAGACGCAAGUCCUGACCCUCGCUGGUGUCGCACGAGUUUUUAAUGCUAAAAGAUCUAUUUUACAAUUAUUGGGAGAUUUUCCCCGGGCAUGGGCUUUACUGCUUGAAUUCAUAGAGGCUGCCGCCCUGUGUAGGAAUGCAGAAGUGUCUCUAGCGGCUUUGAAAAGUUUCCAAGAAAUCCUUCAAAUAAAUCGUGAAAAAUCCGCGGAGGAAUGGAAACUGCUCAUGCGCCAAGGCAGCAAGGAUGAUAUACUGCCACCUAUGAGUGAGAGUAUGAACCGAUCUGGUGACAUCGCGAAAGCCGCCGAAGCCGAUUUACCGAAGGAUUCUGGGAAAAUUGACGACGUCAUGUUGUGGUCGAACGCUUGGCGUGUUUGGUUAUCGAUUGGUAGUAAAGUGACGCUUCCCCCUGAAAACAAAACAAAUGACAUGUAUGUUCCAUCGCAGCCAUUUCUUACUGCCCUCAUUCAAAUAUUUCCUGCGUUAUUUGAACAUAUUAAGCAGAGAUUCGUUGCGUCGGACCUUCAAAAGUUAUCGAGUGUUUUACAGGGGGCGCUAGCGGUGCCUGUUCAGGGAGAUGCAUCACCCUUCAUUGUCCCGACGUCGCCGGACGCUACUCUGACAGGAUUGCAGGAGGCUGUUCUCAAUGCUGUGGAUGUCCUUCAAAGGGAGGUGCACAGUGGUUCCGAGAGCAUGCAGAGUAUGUACCCGGACCUUUUCGAUCAACUUCUCACGUUUAUCGAGUACGCCGUACGACUGCCUCGCUACGGGAAAAUCGACAGCAAGAACAUCAACACGGUACGGGGGCCAUCUGUCGAUUACGUCACGAUGAACUUUGUGCCGUUUGCCGAGAAGUCGCUGCAGCUGGUUGUGGAAAUGUAUAAGACGACUGCCAAGCAUCCCGCUGUUAUCCACGAACAUGUCAUGCAGAACAUUCUAAAGGCUUUGAAAGUACCGCUCGGCCUGAAGUAUGGAUGUCCGUCUCAAACCACGUGGACCCUGGCCAUCAACUCGAUGUUCACUGUCCUCAGCAUUGGCUUGCCUGUGGCCAGGAAACAUGAUGCAGCCUUUCAUGGGAUGUGGCUGGAGUUGGCAUUGACAUUUGAGGAGUUCCUAUUCUCAAAAAACCCGCCACCACCUACGUUAUCUGUUGAAGACUAUCAGCGAGAUGAGGCCAUUGACUGUAAGGUUGUCCAUGUGAUUCGUGACGAUAUCCUGCCAUACGCCUUAAACAUUCCUCAGGACUUUGUGAUUCAGGUCAUGAACAUUCUAAACCGGGGCUCAAUACAUUCGGCCACAUCUGAGAGCUUUGUUGAAACUGAUUCCAGUCGAAAACUUCGAGAAGAAUUCGCAAAGGCGUGCUUCGAGACGUUAUUGCAGUUUUCGUUCAUCAGCAAUGUGGCGUCCAGCGGUCCAGAAGGCUCAAUCACGAAGCUGGCGGUUGCUUCGCUGCUGAAACGGUGUCAGGAGGUCCUCAAGAAAUACGUUGAAGACGAGAAACUGAGUGGGAAAUGUCCACUGCCAAGACCACGUAUGUCCGAGAUGGUGUCCGUUCUGAAAGCUAUUACUACCUUGUUACAAUCACUGAAGAGGGCACCACCAGCGAACAUUGAGAAGAAUAUCUGGGGUCAAGUGAUCGACCUCUACCCCUGUCUGGUCGAGUGUGUCACGUCAACCUCGACGCAGGUGUGUAAGGCGUUAAGGGAAGCUCUACAGGAGUACAAGGACAUGUUGAUGUCAAGAGCGGACUAUCAGAAUGGAAUAUGAUUUGAGCGCUCUUACGAGAUGAACUUUCAGAAUGAAAUAUGAUUUCGGAUCUCCAGGCCCUGCAUGAAGUACUUCAGGCUUAUAGGACAUUAUGGUGCCUUGAGUAAACUUCAGAGUGGAGAUACUUUAGACAUUAUUUCAGGACUUUCAGAGUGGAAUAUGAUUUGAGAAGCUUUAUGUAAAGGACUUUCAAAAUGGUACAUGUAUAUGGUCCAGGCACUCUUACAAAAAAUGCUUUCGAGAGGGAAUGUGAUUUUUGGGCUCUAUAGCAUUCCGUGAAGCAGUGUAUUCAGAGUGGAGAUGGUUUGAGUAUUUUUAUAUGGAAGGCUUUCAGAGUGUAGCAGGAUUUUGGGGUUCUUUUGAACCACGUCAAUCCUGAAUGCUCCCUGACCUAGAGGCAAGGUCUGAACAGUUUGUCUCAAUACUUGACCACCAUGGAUUUUGACUGGUAUCCUCCGCACUAGUCUCGUGGAAGGACUUUCUGAAACGCGCAACUAAAAUGCUGGUACUGAGAUCUGCAUGACAUGUUGUAGCAAAAAGGAAGCGCUUUGCCAAGAAGAAGAAAAGAACACUUUCAAAUUUAAAAACAUGAAUAGGUCAAGCAAAAUGUUGUUAGGUUGACAGUUUUGGCUCUUGAAGUAAUAUAAGAUAUGAAGAAUUAUUGUUGAUUUUUUUGUUGGUUGUGUUAUGCUUUCUUCAUAACAGUGGGAAGGGGAUCAAAUUAAUUUUCAUUCAACGUGAAUGAAUAUUAUUCAAGUCAGUCUAUCUCUGUAUUAUAUUAAGUUCCUUUAGUAUGCAGCUACUUUAUGUAAUGAAAGAAUAAUAUAAUUAUAAUCAUUAAAACCAUUUUUAUAGCGCUUCACAUUGAAAUGAUCUUCUAAGCGUUAAUAUGAAGAGUUUUGUGUAAAAUAUCUGUCAUGUCAUUUGCAUGCUAUUUCCAGUGGUGAAAUGUACUACGCUCCGCCUCAAGCUUAGACUAGCAUGAAAUGGAUCGUUCGUUCUUAUGCAUUACAGUGUUGACAAUCUCUAAAAGAUGGUUAAAAUUGGCAGGCUAUUUCUAAGUAUAUGCUAAAUGAGGAUGUAUAGAAAUGUGUACAUGUAUUUACCAAGGAGAAUCGGCUCUCCAACUUGUCGAGAAUCAUGUUACUCAGUCAGGCUUCCCAGCUUACCGAGUUGGCCUAUCCGGGGAAGCUUGUGUCUGGGAGAAUAUGUGCGUCACAAAACAGCCAAAGGUUGCUGAAGUGAAAUAACUUGUCUCUACCUCGACUUCACAAAGACAGUAUAUGAAAUUAUGUGCUUUCGAUUUCUGCUUUCCAAGUUUACUACUGGUUCUUGGUAGGUUCGGAGGCCUGUUUCAUCCUCGGCAAGUUGGAAUAUUGUUUCUUCAGGGUGGGGAUAAGUGCUUGUUUUAGUCAAUAAUUGUCGGCUGUAUUUUUCGUUGGGUGACAAGGAGAAUGUGAUUUAAAUGUAAUGUACAUAUUUUAAUGGGCAUUCCAAGUUAAGGAUUAUCUUGCUUCUGGGGAUUUUAUACUCGCUUAAAUCUUCUCAGUUGGGAUGCCAAACUGGUAUCCAUGUUCUGGCCGAAGCAUUUCAGAGUUAUACGUAAUUGUAAAACACCUUGUAUGGCUUCCAGUGAAAAGGCAAGUUUGGCCAGAAUGAGUUACACAAAGUCGUUGAUAGGUGUCACUACUAUUUCACAGUACAAUGACACUGUUCAUGAUUGUACAUGCAAGAAAGAUUUUCUUAUAGAAUCAAAUUAGACUCGGUUCGCUGACCUGGAGAUCACCCGCUUGACCCUCCAACCCCUGCUGUAUAUUCCCCUUUCAAAAUACACAUAUGUACAAUUUGUAGCUUGUAACUUUAUUUUCAGUGUUUCAUUAUAGGCUUGUAUAUUUCGCUUUAUCACCGCUUCACCUAGUAAAAGUAUUUCAACGGAAAUUAAUUGUUUUCCAGGGGCAAAUAAAUUUGUUAAAUUAUUCAGGGAGUAAUUUUGCAUAGCAAAUUUGCUGAACUUAUUUGUAUAGCAUUUCCUGAAAUUUCUGUUGUCUAUCAGUUGGUUACACCCUGUAGUUUGCAAAUUUUGAAACAAAAGGUACUUAUUUUGACCUAUCUCUACUCUGCUCAAAGAGCUUUCGUUGACUUUCCUCAAAUAGAUCUCGUUGACUCUCCUAAAAGAGAUAUCGUUGACUCUCCUAAAAGAGAUAUCGUUGACUCUCCUCAAAGAGCUUUCGUUGACUCUCCUCAAAGAGAGAUAUCGUUGACUCUCCUAAAAGAGAUAUCAUUGACUCUCCUCAAAGAGAUAACAUUGACUCUUCUCAAAGAGAUAUCGUUGGCUCUCCUCAAAGAGAUAUCGUUGACUCUCCUCAAAUAGAUAUUGUUGACUCUCCUAAAAGAGAUAUCAUUGACUCUCCUCAAAGAGAUAACAUUGACUCUUCUCAAAGAGAUAUCGUUGGCUCUCCUCAAAGAGAUAUCGUUGACUCUCCUCAAAUAGAUAUUGUUGACUCUCCUAAAAGAGAUAUCAUUGACUCUCCUCAAAGAGAUAUCAUUGACUCUUCUCAAAGAGAUAUCGUUGGCUCUCCUCAAAGAGAUAGUUGACUCUCCUCAAAUAGAUAUUGUUGACUCUCCUAAAAGAGAUAUCAUUGACUCUCCUCAAAGAGAUAUCAUUGACUCUUCUCAAAGAGAUAUCGUUGGCUCUCCUCAAAGAGAUAGUUGACUCUCCUCAAAUAGAUAUUGUUGACUCUCCUCAAAGAGAUAUUGUUGACUCUCCUCAAAGAGAUGUUGUUGACUCUCAUAUCAAUUGAAGAACGUGAAAUCAAAAGUUAUCUCUAUAUUUCAUUACAGUGGUCUGGAAAAAGUUGAUUUAUCUUCUGUUGACUUGUUUAGUUCUAUGCCUCUAAAUUUACUUUUCAGGGAUAAACAGGAAGUUUUUCCUCUAAAUUUUUCAAAGUCCAAUUCUAGGCCCACAAAGGGGAAUGGUUUCUAUCUUACUUUACCCAAUUCUAAAUAUACCCUCAUUUAUUGGAUAGGCCAUGCAUUAGUCAUGCAUCCGAACUUCCUCAUAUUCCCCUUUGUGGGCUAUAAUUGGACUCAGUAAAAUUUACAGGAAAACCAUUUAAUUGUGAACUUCCUGUAUAUCAAAUACCUGGCCCACUUUACUGCAUCACAAAUUCUAUAAAACCAUAUCUGAAAAUAUUCAGUUCAUUCAGAUAUCAAAUCUCUGUGUUAAAUAAUUGGCUUACAACUGUAUGGUUUCUCUUUCAUUGUCAAUAAUGGGCCUGGGUCUUGGUACAUAAUGUAACUAAAGAUAUC